CGUCAUCACCAUCUUAAAUUCAAUCCUCAAAGUGUACUUUUAUCAACUUGCAUCAUUUCUCUUGCUACAAAUAAUAAUAAUAAUCAUUCACCCAUCAUUAUGUCAAUUCAGCCUAAUAGCGCUGCUUUUAUGGCUCAAGCAAUGCAUACAGAUACUCCCAACCGUGAAACAUUCCACAAAUUCUUCGAAUGUUGGAUCUCCGAACAGAAUUCGUAUCUCGAGGAACUUGUUUCGGCAUCUAAUUACAACCACAACGACGACGACGAGGCUGUCUUGGUUCCUUUGAUAGAAAGAGUUAUACGACAUUACGAACAUUACUAUCAAGCCAAAUCGAAUUGGGAGAAAAGAGACGCUCUUUCCAUGUUUAAACCCACUUGGAGGAGCAAACUUGAGGAUGCCUUUCUUUGGAUUGGAGGGUGGAGGCCAACCUUAGCCAUUCAUCUAUUAUACUCCAAAUCAGGUAUUCAACUAGAAGCUAAACUUGGAGAUCUCGUCCGUGGACUAACAACCGGAGAUCUAGGUGAUUUGGAUGCAAGUCAAAUGAAGCAAAUCGACGAGUUACAACGAAAAACAAUACAUAAUGAACGAAAAUUAAGUGAAAAGUAUGCGAAACUACAGGAGUCAGCAGCUGACAAAUCAAUGGUUGAGCUUUCAAACGUGGUAUCUGAAAUGAGUAGGAGUGAAAACAGGAACCAUGACGAACAAAAUGAAACUGAGGAGAAAGUGCAAGGGACGUUGGACUCAAAAGAGGAUGAUAUGGAAGAAUUGUUACAUAUGGCGGAUGAUCUAAGACUAGAGACGUUAAAGGCUGUAAUUGACAUACUAAAACCGAUACAAGCAGUGUAUUUUUUGAUCGCGGCUGCUGAGCUGCAUCUACGGCUACAUGAGUGGGGGAAGAAAAGGGACGCAAAUGCAACAGAAAAUGUUAGCACGACUAGUAACAUGGAUAGCGGUGUGCACGUAUUCACAUGACUUCAGAAUUCAUCAUCACUAUCCCAGCUGGUAUUAUUUCUUAGGGUAUACUUCUUUAAGUUCAGUUUCUUCAUUAAGUUGGAUAAGUUGCUUAUGUAAUGGAUGUCACAAAUAUUAAGGGCCAAUUAGUACUAAUGACAGGAAAAUUCGUUACCCAGCAAA